GCACGUGGCCUGCGCGCGCGCGUCCGCGACCGCAGCGCCUGCCAACUUCCAAACGCACUUUCCCCACUCCUGUCUGGUCAAUUGGCCAUCUUCUCUGCUCUCUCGCCUGCGGCGUUCCGCGUUCGCUCCUCGCGCUACUGCACACUGACCCCCCCGUGCGGCGCUGCCAUCCGCCGGCGCGCAUCAGAACCGUCCUCCUGCGGUCCUGCCCUUCCAUUCUCCGCCUCUGCGCAUCGCAUGGACUCCUGCUGUUGCCAGCCGCCCCCAUCGCCUCCAACCGAGGGCUUGCCUAACUGACGGAUCUCCUUCCUUCCAUAGCUCCAUUCUACUGUACAAAAGGACGCGACUUCACCAAUCCCCGUCUCGUGGCCCAUUCCAAAGAUCACAACCAAGCAGCAAUCUUCGUGCCUCCUGUUCCUGCAGAGGCCGGCCUGGAGCCAUGGAGUGGGGGGACAAGGCCGGGGCGUCCGCUGCCGCGGCAGCGGACGAGAGGGGCGGAGGAGGGGAAGGGCUCGGGUACGUCAAGGUGAUGACCGACGAGCAGAUGGAGGUGCUCCGCAAGCAGAUCUCCAUCUACGCCACCAUCUGCGAGCAGCUUGUCGAGAUGCACCGCGCCCUCACCGAGCACCAGGACUCCAUUGCAGGAAUGAGGUUUAGCAAUCUGUACUGUGAUCCUCUAAUUGUUCCUGGAGGUCAUAAGAUCACUGCAAGGCAACGAUGGCAACCAACACCAAUGCAGCUGCAGAUCCUCGAGAGCAUAUUUGACCAAGGCAAUGGAACACCAAGCAAGCAAAGGAUAAAGGAGAUAACAGCAGAGCUCUCACACCAUGGCCAGAUCUCAGAGACAAAUGUCUACAACUGGUUUCAGAAUAGACGGGCACGGUCAAAGCGGAAGCAGGCUGCUUCUUUACCAAAUAAUGCUGAAUCUGAAGCUGAGGUGGAUGAGGAGUCCCUAACCGACAAGAAGCCGAAGUCAGAUAGGCCACUCCACCAGAGCAAGGCUAUCAGUGGUCACGAUGCUGACGGGAUCUCAGAGAUGCACCACUUUGACACGGAGCAUGAUCAAAUCGGUGGCAUGAUGUAUGGAUCUAAUGGCAACGGCUUGAGAUCAUCUGGCAGCUCAGGCCAGAUGCCCUUCUACGAGAACAUUAUGUCGAAUCCAAGAAUCGAUCAACAUUUCCCGGGGAAGGUGGAGAGCUCCAGGAGCUUCUCCCAUCUCCAACAUGGAGAAGGCUUCGACAUGUUUGGAUGACAUCUUGCUGCACUGAGUCUCCCUUGAACCCCUUGUAAAAAUCGAAGGUUGGCAGCAUGCGUUCAUUUUGCUGACAUGAACAUUGAAGUUUGUCUUGAGUGUCUACGUAUUGGUUAUCAUGGUCUAGUUGACAAAUUUGCUUUCUUGUUGAAAUAGCUGUAAGAAGCUGAUAUAUAGUAUUCGCCCUUAGUCUAUAUACGCUGAAUUAUUUGCCUGUAA